GAUAGUCCCUUCCCAGUUUGGAGUUAAUAUGAACUCUCAAGACGAUUGUCGCUGAUUGUGUGUAUUACGAAAUAAAUAAAAAUGUCUUUACCAAAUUCUAAAUAAGUCUGUAGCCUUAAGCAAAUUCCAAAGAGCUAUAUCUCGAGUUGUGAUCAAAGAGGCUUUACCUGCCAUUUUGACUGGGCUGUCAAAUGAGGGUUAGGGGGUAAUUAGGCCCUCAUUAUCAUGACAUUUGUAUUUACCAAAAUAACCAAUGAUUCAUUAAACUAGAACUAUAUUCAUAUAGUGUAAGCCUAUCCCUAAUCCCUAAAUAAAUACAACAAUAAAAAAUCUCAUUUCACUUUUAAAAUAAGCACGCUGAUUUUUGCCUGUGUAGCGAUUCUAGAUCCUAAAUGGCAUGGUUUAGACGUUUAUAAAGGAUGCUGUGAGUUGAAUUACGAACAUUUUCAACCAUCUUUGUUCUGGUUAAGAUCACAAAUUUGUUUCAGCUGAGUUUGCGAUUACAGGAAUUUAUAUAUGCGAAGACGGGAUUUAUCAACAAACAAAUAAAGAUGAGUUGUCAGUGGAAUGCAUUAAAUGUCAAUGUUAUUAAAACACGGAAGAUUGAAUGUGCAAAACUUCAACUACCAGCAACUCUAGCGAAAUCUUCUCGAAAUUCUGCCGCUACACCAAAGUUGGCGCCAACCAGCAAAGAAAAGUUGAAUUCAUCAAGUGAAAAAAGCAAUGAGGCACUUCGUCAAAAUCACUCGAGCAUAAUUGACAGUAUAAUUCCUCUUUUAUCAACUGACGAAAGCCUAAAUUCGUCAGCGUAUACCGAAGACGAAGUUUUUCAAGAGUCUUUUGAAACUCCUCCAGAAAAGGACAGCAUUUUCAGCGAAAAUGCAACAAAAAGAUGUCUUUCUCUCCCAUCUUAUUUAACCUUUGAGGAAUAUUCCUACAGCAGAGAAUCCGGUGCCCGUUUUGCACCGAGGCGUCUGUUUGAAGAAGCAUUAAAUUUAGAAAGUUAUUCGGGACGUUUGCCAGCCACCAGGGUUGAUUCUGAAGAGUUUAGUGAAGACUUUACUGACCAUAUAUUCCCACGCUUGCAAGAACACAUCCUGAAGAGGAAUGCAAGCGGAACGGGUCAUGCUGGGCAAAUGAAAAAGAGCAAAUCGUCCUCACAAAUUAAUUGUGAUGACAACAAUAACGUUAGAUAUGAUCAAAAUCAUUUGCAGAGUACUGAUAUUAAUUUCGCAACACAAUCAAAAGAGAAAUUUGAUGUCAGAGAUUGGGAGCAAAAGGUGCUAGUGUUGACAUCUGAUUACGAGUUUGGUACAGAAUAUAGCAAGAAACCAAGAGAUGAAAUAGACGCCAGAUCAAGGAGUGUUGCGCUGACUGAGAAUAUUUCUACAUUUGCGAGCGAUAAGAUUUGUAAAGAUCAGACUAGCCAAAGGCAAGUUAAAUCUGAAACACACUCAGAGAUGCCAAAAUUACAAACUGUUGUUUGGGAUUACAUAAAGCGGAGGUCAACGAAAAAGAAAAGAAAGAAUGACAAUAGUCGUUUAGAACAAAAUGAUAACCUAAAAGGAGAAAAUUUGAAGGCGACAAAUCAGGAGAGUUCGUCUGGUCCAGACAGACGAAAGAGUAAAGAUGAAUCAUCUCCCAAGGUGAAAAACGUCCAAGGGGAAUCUGUAUUAAAAUCUGAUCGAAAUAACGCUGGAUCAUCAACACCUGGUAUUUCGAGAAAAUCAAGAGCCAUCAGGUCAUGGAAGUCAGACCCAAAUUUAAACUCAAAUCGUCGUAGUGGAAAUAUCAAACUACGAAGAUACAAUUCACAUAAUAUUUUGUCUUCCUGCAGCGAUAAAUUUCCUCCCAAAUUACCAAAAAUGGAACGCCAAAUGAACUCCAAAACUUUGACUUUUCUGCUGACGACAGCACCUGAAGAGAAGUCGAUUGAAGAACGAAUGAUGACGUUGAAAAUGUCACGUGAAUGGUUGCUCAAGGAGCUAAAAAGCAUGCGUGAGCAAGACCGCAAACUUGCAAGACAGUUUAUUCACUUACGCAGUGCUAUAGUUGAAAUGAAAGAGUAUUGUGAGAAAGAAGAUUCGGAAUAUGAGUCUGAAUGCGAGGCUGGAACACAAGAUAUACACAAAAAUCAUAAAAGAAGUGAGAUCAGUAAAGAACGCAAAAUUCCAAUUCACAACACUCCUACAAUAAAUAUUCUAAGUUACUGUUGAGAAAUCCAAUCUGAUUGACAAUGAUGACUGUGGUAUAAAACUGAAUCUUUGAAAUUUGAACAUAAAAACUUUAGAAUAAAUAAUAUAGGUUAAAUUUUUGAAUGAAUCAGUAAGUGAUUUAGCUAAAGCCUGAAGUGUGAAUAUGAUGAUGUUAUAUACAUAAUUUUGUAAAAUAUUUGUAAAAAUUGACAAAAAUAAUACAGCGUACUAUAAUCGAGAUUUUGUGAUUGAAAAAUCUGUAGUGAUAUUUAUAGUUGACAUUACU